UCCAAUCAACUGAAUUUACCACAGGUGUACUCCAGUCAAGUUGUAGAGACAUCUCAAGGAUGAUCAAUAGAAACAGGAUGCACCUGGGAAGUAUGAGUAUUUGUAGAUGAAAAAUGCAUAUUUGGCAUACAUUAAUGUCAUAAAUAGACAAGAUAUUGAGUUUCUUAAACAAAGGUGCAGACGGAACCGGGAAAUUAGAGGUGGCUUGUCUUGCAAAUGUAUUUUGUAUGAUGAGUAAUUUGUGUAGGUAGGAGGCGUAUGUACCGGCCCAAACAAUAUUACAGUAAUAGAGAUAUGGCUAAAUUAAACUAUAGUAUGGAGUAAGCAAGCUUGAUUAACCAAACCAGUAAUAUUUCUGAUGAUACCAACAGAUUUCUUCACUUUGCUACAGACAAAUUGAAUACGAUCUUUCCAGGAUAGCUUUUCAUUAAUUAGAACUCAGAGGAAUCAAGUGGAUGUGACUUGUUUCAUUUCAUUCCCACCGAUUUUAAGAUUCUGGCACUUUUUAUAUAUUUUUUACAAUAUUUCUUAUUCUUACUUGUGAAUACAAUAAAGUUAGAUUAUAUUCUUUUUACAUUUUAAAAAUAAUUUGUUUCUCUGGAACCAUUCAGAACAUUUGGCUUCAUUAAUUAGUGCAUCAAAAUUCUUGUGUAAUAAAAUCAAAUUGGUAUCAUCAGCAAAGAGAAUGGGAAGUAUGGAACACACAGCAGCAUGGACCUUGAUAUAGAUUAGGAAUAACAAAGUUCCAAUUAUCAAACCCUGUGGCACUCCACAGGAUAUCUUGGCCCUGGUAGAUGCACAGCCGUUUGCAUAAACAAAUUGCUCUCUAUCAUAAACAUGACUAUAUAACCAAUUAUAUGUGUAAUCAUGAACCUUAAUGCAAUUUAGAAAGUAAUAUUUAAUGAUCAACCGUGUCAAAUGCUUUGGAUGUACUGUAGCUCUGUAAGUCUACGCCUAGCCAUCGUUUCAGCUUUCAUUUGACAGCAGAGUUUAUUCCAAUAAUGUGCAAGAGAUGUAUCUGGUUAGAAGUGGGGGAAAUUGCUUUAGUAAGGAUUUGCCUACUGUAUAUUUCGGAUGUUGUUAGCUAGAUGGUAUCAACAGCUGCUGAUGUAGUUUCCUGUGGGUUUGCCUCAGUUCUCUCUUGUGGUUAAAACUGAAACCAUUUAGAAAGGAAAGCUCAAAGAUGGGGGACAACAUGAAUUUCUCAAAGCAUUAUGUCACAGAAGAUCAUGGGGAGUUUGACUUGUAUUAUGACCCGUUAUAUGAAAUCUCUGUGUCAGAACAAGGGCAUCGAUCCAUAUCAGUGGUGUCCAUAGUUCUCUGCAGCAUUGCCUGUGUCCUCGGUAUCCCAGGCAAUGCCUUUGUCAUCUGGAUAGCUGGAGUGAAGAUGAAGAGGACAGUCAACACUGUCUGGUUUGUAAACCUGGCUGUAGCAGACCUCCUCUGCUGUGUCUCCAUACCCUUCUCCAUAGCUGACAUCAUACUGAACCCUCACUGGCCUUAUGGAGAUGCUAUGUGUAAGAUUCUUCCGUCCAUGGUCGUCCUCAACAUGUUCGCCAGUGUUUUCACACUGGUUCUAAUCAGCCUGGACCGCUUUGCUCUGGUCAUCCUGCCUGUCUGGGCCCAGAACCACCGGAGCAUCACCCUGGCCUGGCUGCUCUGUGGUCUGGCCUGGGUCCUGGCCCUGCUCCUCAGCCUCCCCUCUAUGAUCUACAGAGAAAUAGAAGUCCAUGAUGAUAUGAACAUAACACUGUGCAUCUAUAACCACCUACAAGACAAAACUGAGGGCAACCAGUCGGCUAUCAAAGCCACCCACGUCACCAGGCUUAUACUCGGCUUCCUCAUCCCCCUACUGGUCAUCGCUGUCUGCUACCUGCUGAUCGGUAGGAGGGUGAGCAGCGGCCGCUUUAAAUCCCAGAGGGCCUUCCAGAUAAUUUUGGUUGUGGUGACAGCGUUCUUUGUGUGUUGGCUGCCUUAUCACGUCAUUGGACUGAUGAUCGAGUAUGGCGAGGAAGCCUCCCAGGACAUGGCCAGGGCUCUAGACCCCCUGGCCAUCUCUCUGGCUUACGUCAACAGCUGUCUCAACCCUGUCCUGUAUGUGUUCAUGGGUCAGGACUUCAAGGAGAGGGCCAGGGUUUCUCUAAGUAAAAUAUUUGAGAAGGUCUUCAGCGAGGAUGUGACUCUGCGUUCCUCUGUGUACUCCAAGGGACAGUCACAGCUCUCACGGGCCACCAACUCGUCUGAGGCUCAAGUCUGAGUCAGAAAUGUCUGACCUAAAAUGAGUAUAAUCUGAUAUAUAAAACAUUUUACAAGCAAUUAAGACUGACAAUAACAAAAGAGGGUUUAAAGUUCAGUCCAUGCCUUAUUUGAAAUGUUGCAUGCAUGGCUUUUUGUAUAAAGCUGUUGGGUUUUUGUUUGCAAUUUGUCCUAAACUCUCUUCUGUUACACUUGUUUUUCUUAUUAGUGGGGUGUGGAGGAAGGAAGUAACAACACUGUAGAUUACUCUGAUGAAGACAUACCAAAUGAAAAAAGUUUGUCACCCACCCAUCUUACACUUUCAUGUAGCACUGCAUCUAUCAUUUAAAAAAACAAACCAAGAAAUAUCAACUGGUGCUGGUUGGUGUAGUUGGUCUCCCGAGUGGCGCAGUGUUCUAAGGCACUGCAUCUCAGUGCAAGAGGUGUCACUACAGACUCUGGUUCGAAUCUAGGCUGUAUCACAUCCGGCCGUGA